ACACCUGAUCGCCUCCAGAUUAAGUGGAAAAGACGCAACAAAGAGCGUGUCGGAAAGAUCGUAAAUGUUAUCACAGAUGCGAUCGAUUAUUUGCCAAUAUCACAUCUGAUCAGACGUGGAAUAAAUGAGCCAAUCGGAAGUGAAGAUUGACUUCCGGCCUGGCUGCGUGCAGCUACUGCAGGAGGAGAUGCACGUGCCGACUCUGAGGGUCCUAGUUACCGGGGCGACCGGUCUUCUAGGCCGGGCAGUCUACAGGGAGUUCCAGAACCACGGCUGCUUUGUCAUUGGAACGGGAUAUAAGAGGGCGAGGCCCCGACUUCUACGCUGUGACCUCACAGACGAGGACGCCGUGCGAGAACUGCUGAUGGAUAGCAAGCCUGACGCCAUAGUUCACUGCGCAGCGGAACGUCGCCCCGAUGUUGUGGAGCGACACACCGAGGCGGCGAUGAACCUCAACGUGCACGCCACAAGCACGCUGGCCAAAGAAGCAGCCGCGUCAGGCACCUUCUUCCUCUACAUCAGCACCGACUACGUGUUCGACGGAAGGAACCCUCCCUACGGAGAAGACGACGUUCCCAAUCCCCUCAACGUGUACGGACGCAGCAAACUGGAGGGGGAGAGAGAGGCGCUCAGACACUGUCCAGGAGCCGUCGUGCUGCGGGUGCCCGUUUUGUUCGGGGAGGUGGAGUCCCUGACGGAGAGCGCCGUCACGUCGCUGUGGCUUAAAGUCCAGGAGGGGGCGGCAGAGAGCUGCACGCUGGAUCACUGCCUGCAGAGGUUCCCGACCGACGUCCGAGACGUCGCUGCCGUGUGCAGGAAACUUUGCGAGAGAGCGAGACAGGAUGCGUCGAUCAGGGGAAUCUUUCAUUUUUCCGCUAAAGAGCAGAUGACCAAAUACGAGAUUGCCGUGGCCAUGGCGCAGGCCUUCAAUCUGCCGUCCAAUCAUCUCAUUCCCCUGACCGAGCAGCCGGCGGGUUCGGCUCUUCGUCCCCUUAACAGUCGCUUGGAAUGUUCUCGCCUGGAGCUGCUGAACCUCAGCGUUGAACCGCAACCUUUCACCUCUGCCAUCACAGACUGCCUGUGGCCAUUCACCCCCGACAAGCGCUGGAGACAGACUGUGUUCCACUAAACUUGGGAUUAAUAUUAUUAUUAUUAAACGUCUAGGAUAAAAUGGCAUGAAGAAAGAGAAGCUUAUGUAGUUUUGUUGAGGAUUGAUGUUUCUUCUUUUGAAUUGUUUUCCUUCCUCUUUUGAUUGAUUGAUUGAAACUUUAUUAGUAGAUUGCCCUCUGUUCUAUUUCUUUUUAAAACUGAAAGUUUAAACAAACAUUACCAAAGUAUAUUGUCUUUUACACAAAUAUAAUAAAGGGUUAAGUGUC